AUGGUGAUCAGCACCGGCUUUAUCUCGUACCUAUGGUUGAUUGACCUCUCCGCCACGUUCUACCCGACGCCAUCUGUCUCCGCUGUGCUCUCCCGAGAUCACCUCGUCAAGCUCCUGCACGCUGCCUACAAGCUUGAGGACUGCAAGCUACUCCAACCCGACAAGGGCCGCCGCAUCGCCUGCGAGUUCAAGGACUGCCUGUCGAUCAGCAGCUUCGACGCGCAGGAAUGGCGCCACCGCCCCGACCGCGUGCGCCGCGAAGUCGCUAACCACGUGCAAGGCCAUCUCAGCGCGCUCGGUGGCGACAGUAUCAGGACCCCGGUCCUCUGGAAGGACGUCCCGCUCGGGCGGUCGAGCGACGAUCUCGAUAUCUUCCCCUGUUUCUGGCGGUGCAUUGAUAUGAUGGAGGCCCCGAAGGGCGCGCAGCUGCUCGAGCAUCUGGUGCGGGACCACCACCGUGGCUACGCGAUGUACAGCUGCCCGAUGUGCAAGAUGAACUUAGCGCUCGAGGCAGAGGCGGAUGUGCCAUCGCACGUCCGUGCGAACAUGGUCCUGAUUAUCACGCCGCCGAAUACCACGAAGACCGUCGACGGCCCCGAUGCCCAGGCGCAAGCGAUCUUGCUCAAACACUACAAGGAGGGCUGCCCGGAGUUUUCGCCGAGGACAUCGCCGCUUUGGGAUGACCUUCCCGACAACGUGAGGCAGCGCUUGGACAAGAAAUUUGAGGCGCUUGCAGCCUUAUCAUUCUAUGUCGGGAGGCAGAGCGCUACUAUUCGCUGUCAUACGAUACUAUAGACCACUUAAUUUUGACCUCGCGCUCGUC